CCAUAUAUGAUCUCCAGUAUUUUCCAAACGGAUUACCCUCACAAGUCGAAAUCGAAGCAGUUUCUUCCAACACAAAGUCACAAACGUAGCGCCGAUGGCUUUCACAUCUCUUAGCUGUUGCUCGACUCCUUUCAUGGGCACAAAGUCCGCCUUCAACCAGCCCAAUUCCAUCCCGAAACGCGUCCAUUUCCGGCAACUGCGUGUAUCCGCUACUGCCUGCGCCCCCACGGCGGAGAGACCGAUGCCCCCUUCUCACAUUGUACCGCAGGCUUCGCUCUACGAGGUUCUCGGGAUCCAGACGGGUGCCACGUGUCAGGAGAUCAAGGCCGCCUACAGGAGACUGGCGAGAGUGUUGCAUCCCGACGUCGCCGGAAACGAUCGAGGUGACGACACGGCCAGCGAGUUCAUUAGGGUCCACGAAGCCUACGCCACACUCUCUGAUCCCGAAAAACGGGCCGAUUAUGAUCGUACGUUGAUGUUCAUGCGAGGGCUGUCUGUGGGUUCUUCCCGUGUCAUGUCAGCUUCCGCCCCAUCAAUGACGAGUUCCGUGGCUUCGAGAUUUUCUGGGUAUGCUCGGCGGACGUGGGAAACGGAUCAGUGCUGGUAAAACUCAUAAUUGGAGAAGAUGAAGCAAGGAAAAAUGGUUUUUUAAUUUGUUUAGGACUAAGUAGGAUAUUAAUUUUCCCCUCGGAUUUCAUUAAAUUUGGGGAUUAUUAAUCCUAUCAGUUUGUAAGUAGAAAAUGUAGUAACUCAAAACAGGGCAAAUUUUUGUAGCCCAAGUUAUAAAAUUUUGAUUUUGUU